ACAGCGGCACAGAUUGAGGAGAGCGCAGCCCGGGUGGGAGGCGGGCGGUGCCGCCGCCGCUGUGGAGAAGCCGAAGCGCGGAGCCACCGAGCAGGUUUGCUGUAAACUACCUACAAUAGCUAUAAUGACACCAGCCCUCAGAGAGGCAGCAACAAAAGGUCAUGGUAUCCACUUGUCACCUUUGUCCUCUAGAGCUAUGGAGUCUGAUACAACUUUGUGCAUGGAAAAUUCCAGAGCAGUCGAAGAGACAAUAAAGGAGGAUUCCAUCACACAGAUUACUUGCUCAGUCUUGGGGUUUCCCACUACUGAGCCCAACCUCAGUAAUGAUAUCUUCAGUGUAAAACACUUUGGUUCUCCACAGUCUUCCAGACAUUAUCAAUCUGUCUUAUUAAUGAGCACAAAUUCUCCAUUAAACAUAAAAAACAAAAACAAUAAGCAAAGGAAUUCAGAAGAGCACAAGUGCUCCCAGAUGAGAAAUCUACUACAUAAUGGUGCCACCACACAGGUCAGCCAGAUUAAUAAUUCAGAACCUGAAGAGCAGGUCAGAGGGGAAACUUUAUCGGAGACCAUGACCCAGAGUUUGGCAGAAAUGCAGAGACUGUUGGAUUCAAAUGCAACUGAAUCCAAUAAUGUGGAAGAAACGCAGUUUACAAACUGUAAAUGGUAUCGGAAGAAUGGCUUUUUGGAUAAGGGUCUACUAGUACACGCUGAGACAAAAAAAAGGGAUUUAUUGCAUCAAGUUGUGCAUGAGCCUUUGAAAGCAAUUGUGAGCUGCACCCCCACUAGUAAAGAAGAGGAGUUGAAUGCUCACUUACUUCAGUGUGUCAGUAAGCAACAAGUUGUGCUUAGUCGAGCCAAAAGAGCUCAGAAACGUUUACAGAUACUCCUGGCAAAGCAUGUUGUCAAACACUGUGAUCACCAGCUGAAAUGCUUUGUGAAACAUCAGCUCCAAAGAAUGAAAGUUUUUCAUGAUCCAGCCAGAUUUUUGGACAGUAGCUCCCUUGGAUGCACUGAAAUUAGGGCAGAAAACAGUAUAAUUAACUUGGAAAAUAAUUCAAAUAAAGAAACACAGAAUGGAUUCGGCAUUGAACCUGGUGAAAUCUGGGGUUUUGCACACUCUGCUACAGUGCUGCUGUCUCAUGUGGAGAAAGAUCUGGACUCUGAUGCCACUUGCAGUAGCUCAGAUGAAGAUUGUGAUGAACAGACUGUCAGAAAAACUGUGGAAGCCAACUAUAGUUCUGAAUGGAAGUGGCUUGUAGACCGAGCUAAAGUUGGCUGCCGUUGGACAUGGCUUCAAGCCCAGAUUUCGGAGCUAGAAUACAAAAUCCAACAACUAACUGACCUUCACAGGCAGAUACGUGCCACCAAGGGGAUGGUGAUCUUAGAAGAAUUCCCACUUCCCAAAGACGUUUUGAAGAAGCAAACACAAUUGACAAACCCAGAAGCUUUAUUAAACACCACAGGGAAUUCUCAAGCUACCCUUGAGAGACAGGAUUUUUUGCCGGAACACGAUUUUGAAAUGUCACCAAGCAGCCCUACUUUACUUCUACGAAACAUAGAAAAACAGAGUGCUCAGUUGAGUGAAAUCAUCAAUAAUCUAAUUGCUCCACUCAAUCUGUCCCCUACAUCCUCUCCUCUCUCUUCCAAGACCUGUAAGCAGAAACAACUGGUCAAUGGCAUAUCUCUCAGAGCUUCAGACAACAGAGAGGAAAUGUCCUCUUCUAGUAGCCAGUUGCUUGAUCAUCAACACAUCAAAAAAAGAAGAAAAGACAGGGCAAGGCUGAGAUCUCCAUCUGUAACUAUCAUGAGCACAUCUGCCCGAACAAGGCCACUUCAGAGUUUCCAGAAGAGGAAACUAUACAGAAUGAACAGCACAUGUUAUUGGAAUCAACAGGCUUUGCUAUCUAGAGAUGCCUCGUUUCCAUAUAAUACACAGAUGCCUUGCAUGGCUCCAGCCUCCAUUUGGAGCAGUUCUGAGCAUGGUACAUCAUCCAGAAUAGUACAACAACAUAUACCAGAGGUGGAUUCCUCUCUUCAUCCUGUGUUAUCAUUCCCUUCAGAUAUUCCUCUUCAUAUAUAUUUUGAAACAUUGUUGAAGGAGGACAAGAUCAAAGGAGAUCCUGUUGACACCUCAGCACUAGGGGUAGAGUUUAAAAUGUCUCCAUCCAGUGAAUAUAAUCAACAUAGUGCUUCUCUCAAACAAUGGAGCAGUGGCUAUUUACUUAAUUCCAAACCUCAGGCAGCAUCAGGAGCAUCUGAACAGUUGUCAGAGGGAAGAAAGAAAAGGCACCUAAGUGAGACAGCGAUAGGAGAAAGUAACAGUAGGUUUGAAGCUUUUUCCUUUCAACAUGCAGAACCGGAAUCCCAUAACGAUUUUACUGCCGUGACCCAUGUCAAUCUGAUGUCUAGAUCUACCCAAAACACCUCAUCACAGCAUAACUCUAGACGGAGACUGAGAAGUGAGAGCUCCUAUGAUAUAGACAACAUUGUUAUUCCUAUGUCACUGGUUGCUCCCUCUAAAUUGGAGAAGCUGCAAUACAAAGAAAUCCUUACUCCAAGCUGGAGAGUUGUUGAACUUCACCCUCUGGGGCGAUCUCAUGUAGAUGAAGAAGAGAUCGAAGAUCUGUCAGAUGAACUUUUUUCUUCACGUCAUGCAAAAUAUGAAGAGAGAGAGAAAGCAAGGUGGUCAUUGUGGGAACAGAGCCGAUGGCCCAGAAGAAAUAGCAGAUCUUAUAGCAAAAAUGCUGAAGGACAGCAGGGACAAGAUCCAGUACUGAAAGAAAACCAUCAUAACUCAUGUGCCUCACUGCGUUGUGCUGCUGAAGCUGCUUCUGAUCUUACUUCAGAAAUCCACAGUUCUGUAUGUUUAAGGGUCCCACAGUCUUCAAAGGAAAAUCAAGAAGCAAAGAGCUUCUGCAAAUUACCGGAUUGAGAUCACUUCCAAAUGAAGUCCUCCAUUUGUCAAUAGAAUAGGAACAGCACAGGCAAAACUUUCACUACUGGGUCAAAAUGUCUCAGCCUCAAGAUGAGAGAGUAGCAGGCUCUCUAUUAAUACAUUCUGUAGCUUUUUUUCAGAGGAUGCCAACAUGUGUUCCAAAUAGUACUGAUUGUGAUGGUAAUCGAUGCUCUUAACAGUAGAAAAUAGAGGAUUCCUUUUUACAUCCCUUGCCCCUUAUAUUGUAACUGCAUUGUUUAACCUUGGAAACAAUGUUGGGAUACAACUUAUUUAAAAGAUUCUAUACAAAAUGAAGUUGUGCUGUAUUACGCCAAGCCACAUUGAAAACUGGUACCCAGAAGAAUGGUAUUCUUCCCUGUAGCUGAAGAACCCUGCAAGCACUAUAAAGAACAAGACGCAUUUGUUACUUGAUAACAGAAUCAUUCUGCACAUAGCUAACCAGGACCCCUCUUUCCUCCCCUCCCCCC